CCAGCGAUGAUGUGACCGCCGCCCACUGCAAUGUUUGGCUCGGCGACACAGUGAUGGUCGGAGCACACGAUUGGUGUAAAGGUCAACCGCCGCCUUUGCUUAUGAGGGUCCAAAGGAUCGUCGUUCAUCGAAAUUACAACAGGAAAACUUAGGAAAACGACAUCGCUCUCCUAGAAGUCGCGAGGAACAUACCUUUCCAAAAAGAUAACUCCAUCGCCCCGGUGUGUCUGCCAAAAAUGCCGAUUAAUGACUGUGUACAAAUCGAAGCCAUCGCUACCGGAUGGGGCCUCAGGAACAUAUGCAAGUAGACUGGCAACUGUCGUGAUGGUAUCGUGCAAAUGUAAACAAAUAUUUAUCGUAAUGAUAACUCACCAUUUUUGCUUUCUUUCCGUAGUUGAUAGGCAACCAUGUCUGCUACAUGCUGUACAGAUAAAGACCCUUACCUUGCUGGAUUGUAUAACUCAAUGGCCAGGGAAGAUAUUUGGCAGCAUGUUCUGCGCUGGAGGAGUGAGACAAGGAACUUGCUUCAGGGACUCCGGUGGCCCCCUCAUUGAGACUAAAGGCACCGUUAUAGGGCCCUACGAGCAGAUCGGUGUGACGUCAUGGGGAUCAAAAACAUGCAGCAAACCUCAAGUUUACACACGAGUCCAAAAGUUCAUUGAGUGGAUAACGAAAAUCUGCGGCAAUUCCUUCACAUGCCCUCCUUAUUCUCCCUGGACUACCAUCAAAUUGAAUGAAACUCUGCAGCUAUCAUCUUAAAAAUGAAAUUAAUAAAUAAAAUGAAAAUAAAUAAAUAAACAAAAUAAAUAAAUAAGAGAGAGAGA